UUUCUUCUCUACAUCAGCGCUCAUGUUGUAGCGUCCGCGCACAGAGACCUGCGGGCUUGUGAAGAGGCAGACUACGUUUAUCAGUACACAGAAUGUGACAGCACUGGCUCACGAUGGAGAGUGGCCAUCCCCCUUAGACCGGGCUCCUGCUCAGACCUGCCACCUCCAACCAGAGGAACAGACUGCUCAUUCUCAUGCCAGGCUGGCAUGUAUCUGGAGAUGUCCACACAGCAGUGCACACCAUGUGCUGCUGGCUCAUACUCACUCGGUAGUGGACUUCGGUUUGACCAGUGGGAUGCCAUUCCUGCAGGUUUCACCAGCAUGGCUAGCUUCCUAGAUACAAGUCCCUCCGGAGAGGACAUUCAAACCUGUAACAGCUCAUCCUGGAUGCCACAGGGUGUGUAUCUGGAAUCAAAUCGGGAUGAGUGUACAGUGUCUCUGGUUUAUGCUGUCCACUUAGAAAAACAAGGCUCUGUCUCAUUCACAUACCAGUACCCAGACAACAACAUAUUCUUUGAGUUUUACGUGCAGAAUGAGCAAUGUCAGGAAAUGGCUCAGAACGAUGACCAGAAGUGGAUUAAAGUCACAAGCAAUGGAGAAUGGGGCACACACACAGUGAAUUUGAAAACAGGUACAAACAUCCUUUACUGGAGAACAACUGGGAUAUUAGUUGGAGGAAAAAGAGUAAAGCCUGUUCUGCUUAAAAACAUCCAAAUAGAAGGAGUGGCCUACACAUCUGAGUGUUUCCCGUGUCGACCUGGAUGGUUCAAUGAAGCCCCGGGCUCCUCAUCGUGUCAGCCUUGUCCCAGUAACACCUACUCCAUGAAGGGAUCCUCCUCCUGUACCCCGUGCCAUGAAAAUUAUUACUCACAUGAAGGAUGGGCAAAAUGUAGAGUGAGGCCACCAUGCUCAGAGAAGGACUUCUUUCAGAUUCAUACAGCAUGUGACAGUGAAGGAAAGACACAAGUGCUAUAUCGUUGGGUGGAGCCAAAAAUUUGUAUUGAGAACACUACUGGGGCAGUAAAGCUUCCAACCACAGGUCAACGUGAGCCUUGUCCUCCAUGCAAUCCAGGCUACUACAAUAGCAAUGACUCCACCUGUCUGCCCUGCCCACCGGGGUCCCACUCUGAUGGCACUUACGUGUGCAAAAAGUGCCCUGCAGGUACAGAGCCAGUCCUGGGCUAUGAGUAUAAAUGGUGGAAUGUGCUGCCGCCCAACAUGAAGACGUCCUGCUUCAAUGUAGGGAACUCUAAUUGUGAUGACAUGAACGGAUGGGAAGUAGCAGGAGACCACAUUCGCAGUGGAGCAGGAAGUUCUGAUAAUGACUAUCUAAUACUCAGUUUGCAUGUGCCCGGCUUUAAGGUCCCAGCAUCGCUUUCAGGGAUGACUGGAGGCGAGUUUGGCCAGAUAACUUUUGAGUUUGAAACCCUUUGCACAGCUGACUGUGAGCUUUACUUCAUGAUGGAUGUUAACCGUAAAAGCACCACAGUGGUGGAGUCUUGGGAGGGCAGUAAAGUGAGGCAGACCUAUUCACAUGCCAUGACCAAAAAUGCUUCAGUUACAUACACUUGGGCAUUCCAGAGGACCAACCAUGCUCAAGAUAUGCGUCUCUAUGUGGGUGAUAUGGUGAAGCUUUACUCCAUCAGUGUGACCAAUGUCCUGGAUGGAGUAGCAUCAGCAUGCCGAGCCUGCGCCCUCAUUCCCCAUAACUCCCUUCAGGCUGGGUCUUCCUGUGUGCCUUGUCCUGCUGGGUAUUACAUUGACAGAGACACAAACCGAUGCCUGGAGUGUCCACUCAACACUUAUUUAGCAGGACGUCACACCUAUGGCCAGGACACCUGCGUUGCUUGUGGCCCUGGAAGUAUGAGCAAUAAGGAACAUUCUCUUUGCUUUAGCAACUGUUCCUUCACUCACACAGAGAAUAACCGCACCCUGAUCUUUGACUUCAGUGCUAUGAGCAAUGUGGCCUCUCUGACCAUUGGGCCGAGCUUCACAUCUAAAGGCACCAAGUACCUACACCUGUUUAACAUCAGUCUCUGUGGCAAUGAGGGUAGAAGAGCAGCAGAGUGCACAGAUAAUGUCACAGAUGUGUCCAGCAAAGACAGCCAGAGUGACUCCUCUCAGUUCAUCAGCUCAGUGGACAGCUUCAUCUGUCAGUCAACCAUUAUACCAGCUGAUGGGCGAGGCUUUAGACUGGCCAUUUCCUCUCAGUCAAUCAGCCUCGCAGACACUUUUCUUGGAGUAACAGUUGAUACAGUCUUUGAUGGAGUAAAUGCAAAACCUGACUUGUUUCCGGAAAACACAAGGGAUAUACCAGAUAUAAAUUUUUACUACAGAUCAAACCAAGCAACAGCUUCAUGUGAAAAGGGUCGCAGUUCAGUUAUUACUGUUCGCUGUAAUCCAGAAAAGUCAGAACGUGGAGAGCUCAGUGUACCCAGCUCUUGUCCAGCCGGCACUUGUGAUGGAUGCACCUUUCAUUUCCUGUGGGAAAGCUCUGGGGCAUGUCCCCGCUGCACUGUGGAUGACUACCAUCACAUCGAGGGUGUAUGCAAAGGAGGCAUGCAGGAAAUCAUCUACAUGUGGAACGAGCCAAAGAUGUGCACCAAAGGCGUGUCACUGCCUCCAAGAGGCUCUGCUCACUGUGACGCCAUAGCGCUGUGGCUCAAGGUUGGGGUUGGGGGAGGAGCUUUCAUAGCUGUGUUGCUCAUCUCUCUUACGUGCUAUUUUUGGAAGAAAAACAGGAGGCUUGAGUACAAAUACUCUCGUUUAGUGAUGUCUGCAAAUAAGGAGUGUGAGCUGCCUGCUGCUGACAGCUGUGCACUUGACGAAGGGGAAGAACAAGAUGAUGAUGUUGUCUAUGCCAAAAAGCCAACGCUGCUGGGAAAACUCAGAUCUAUUGCCAACAAGCAAAUGGAUGGGGAGAGCAGUGAGUCUGUACAGUUGAAUUCCUCUCAAUCAGACCAGUGGGUGCUUGGAUGAACAUGAAUGAAGAUAAGAAAGAAAUCAUGAGAACCAGCUACUGAGCACCCCCUUUUCACACCCUCCUGUCUAGAGAGGACAAAGACCCCACAUUGGACUUGACUCUUACUGGAUGCAAAGAAACUUACAGCACUCAGUUUUAAUCUUUUACCAGGAUUUGUUCCUGGUGUGA